AAGAAAGAAGACAGCGGCUUUGACGAGAUAUGUGUCACCAAGAUGUCCACUCGCAGCUGCCAGGGAUCGGACUCGCUCAUCAGGCCCCUGGACACUAUCCCUGAGGACCGGAAGGUGCGUGUGCAGCGGACGCAGAGCGGCUUCGACCCCUUCGAGAAGCCGGCUGGUCAGGUGAAGCGCGUGCACUCAGAGAACAACGCCUGCAUCAACGCCAAGAGCUCGUCCUCCGGCAAAGAGUCGCCCAAACUCCGCCGUCACUCCAGCCCCAGCUCCGUGAGGCCCCUGCGCUCCCGACGCCUCGAGCAGGAUAAUAAAGGCGUGCUGAGGGUAAAUGGGAAGCUGGUUGCAUUGAAAGUGAUUCGUCUGCAGGAGGAAGAGGGAACGCCGUUCACAGCGAUUAGAGAAGCGUCUCUGCUGAAAGGCCUGAAACACGCCAACAUCGUGCUGCUCCACGACAUCAUUCACACCAAGGAAACCCUGACGCUGGUCUUCGAGUACGUGCACACAGAUCUGUGUCAGUACAUGGACAAACAUCCCGGCGGCCUCCAUCCGGACAACGUCAGGCUGUUCCUGUUCCAGUUACUGAGGGGUUUGUCUUACAUCCAUCAGCGCUACAUCCUUCACCGAGACCUGAAACCACAGAACCUGCUCAUCAGCGACACCGGAGAACUCAAACUGGCCGACUUCGGUCUGGCCCGUGCGAAGUCGGUCCCCAGCCACACAUACUCUAAUGAGGUGGUGACGCUCUGGUAUCGUCCUCCAGACGUGCUGCUGGGAUCCACAGACUACUCCACCUGUCUGGACAUGUGGGGUGUCGGAUGCAUCUUCGUGGAAAUGAUCCAGGGAGUGGCGGCGUUCCCGGGCAUGAAGGACAUUCAGGAUCAGCUGGAGAGGAUAUUUCUGGUUUUGGGGACGCCGUCAGAGGAGACGUGGCCAGGUGUUCACUCUCUGCCGCACUUCAAACCAGGUAAAUGUCCUGUUCAUCUGACUGUAAAUGACACAUGCUGGCGUGCCCUUGAGAUGGCAUGCCAUACAUCCCUCAUCCGCCCAGAGGCAUGA